AUGCCAUAUAGCGCCACCCCGCUGAUGUCUUUUAACCCUCACCAAAUGAUGCCAUAUAGCGCCAUCCUGCUGAUGUCAUUUAACCCUCACCAAAUGAUGCCAUAUCGCGCCAUCCCGCUGACGUCAUUUAACCGUCACCAAAUGAUGCCAUUUAGCGCCAUCCUGCUGAUGUCAUUUAACCCUCACCAAAUGAUGCCAUAUAGCGCCACCCCACUGAUGUCAUUUAACCCUCACCAAAUGAUGCCAUAUAGCGCCACCCCGCUGACGUCAUUUAACCCUCACCAAAUGAUGCCAUAUAGCGCCAUCCUGCUGAUGUCAUUUAACCCUCACCAAAUGAUGCCAUAUCGCGCCAUCCCGCUGACGUCAUUUAAACGUCACCAAAUGAUGCCAUAUAGCGCCAUCCUGCUGAUGUCAUUUAACCCUCACCAAAUGAUGCCAUAUCGCGCCAUCCCGCUGACGUCAUUAAACCGUCACCAAAUGAUGCCAUAUAGCGCCAUCCUGCUGACGUCAUUUAACCCUCACCAAAUGAUGCCAUAUCGCGCCAUCCCGCUGAUGUCAUUUAACCGUCACCAAAUGAUGCCAUAUAGCGCCAUCCUGCUGAUGUCAUUUAACCCUCACCAAAUGAUGCCAUAUAGCGCCAUCCCGCUGACGUCAUUUAAACGUCACCAAAUGAUGCCAUAUAGCGCCAUCCUGCUGAUGUCAUUUAACCCUCACCAAAUGAUGCCAUAUCGCGCCAUCCCGCUGACGUCAUUUAACCGUCACCAAAUGAUGCCAUAUAGCGCCAUCCUGCUGAUGUCAUUUAACCCUCACCAAAUGAGGUCAUAUAGCGCCACCCCGCUGACGUCAUUUAACCCUCACCAAAUGAUGCUAAAUAGCGCCAUCCUGCUGAUGUCAUUUAACCCUCACCAAAUGAUGUCAUAUAGCGCCACCCCGCUGAUGCCAUUUAACCCUCACCAAAUGAUGCCAUACAGCGCCACCCCACUGACGUCAUUUAACCCUCACCAAAUGAUGCCAUAUAGCGCCACCCCACUGAUGCCAUUUAACCCUCACCAAAUGAUGCCAUAUCGCGCCACCCCGCUGAUUUCAUUUAACCCUCACCAAAUGAUGCCAUAUAGCGCAACCCCGCUGAUUUCAUUUAACCCUCACCAAAUGAUGCCAUAUAGCGCCACCCCACUGAUGUCAUUUAACCCUCACCAAAUUAUGCCAUAUAGCGCCACCCCACUGAUGUCAUUUAACCGUCACCAAAUGAUGCCAUAUAGCGCCAUCCUGCUGAUGUCAUUUAACCCUCACCAAAUGAUGCCAUAUAGCGCCAUCCUGCUGAUGUCAUUUAACCCUCACCAAAUGAUGCCAUAUCGCGCCAUCCCGCUGACGUCAUUUAACCGUCACCAAAUGAUGCCAUAUAGCGCCACCCCGCUGAUGCCAUUUAACCCUCACCAAAUGAUGCCAUACAGCGCCACCCCGCUGACGUCAUUUAACCCUCACCAAAUGAUGCCAUAUAGCGCCAUCCUGCUGAUGUCAUUUAACCCUCACCAAAUGAUGUCAUAUAGCGCCACCCCGCUGAUGCCAUUUAACCCUCACCAAAUGAUGCCAUACAGCGCCACCCCACUGACGUCAUUUAACCCUCACCAAAUGAUGCCAUAUAGCGCCACCCCACUGAUGCCAUUUAACCCUCACCAAAUGAUGCCAUAUCGCGCCACCCCGCUGAUUUCAUUUAACCCUCACCAAAUUAUGCCAUAUAGCGCCACCCCACUGACGUCAUUUAACCCUCACCAAAUGAUGCCAUAUCGCGCCAUCCCGCUGACGUCAUUUAACCGUCACCAAAUGAUGCCAUAUAGCGCCAUCCUGCUGAUGUCAUUUAACCCUCACCAAAUGAUGUCAUAUAGCGCCACCCCGCUGACGUCAUUUAACCCUCACCAAAUGAUGCCAUAUAGCGCCAUCCUGCUGAUGUCAUUUAACCCUCACCAAAUUAUGCCAUAUAGCGCCACCCCACUGAUGUCAUUUAACCCUCACCAAAUGAUGCCAUAUAGCGCCACCCCGCUGAUGUCAUUUAACCCUCACCAAAUGAUGCCAUAUAGCGCCACCCCGCUGAUGUCAUGGUACCCUCACCAAAUGAUUCCAUAUAGCGCCACCCCGCUGAUGUCAUUUAACCCUCACCAAAUGAUGCCAUAUAGCGCCACCCCGCUGAUGUCAUGGUGCCCUCACCAAAUGAUGUUAUAUAGCGCCAUUCCGCUGAUGUUGUUUUCAGUUUAG